CACUACUUUUAGAAAGUCGACCCCCCUGUGUUGUGAUUUUCUAGUCCGUCGUCGCGGUCAACGUCGAAAGAGACAUGCUGGCGUGCAGAGGCAUUCAGCGUGGCGCGUGGCGACCAGCUGCUGUCUGCGUGCGGCCAUUUGCAACUGAAACUCCUACGACGGCACAGGCCACCCCGUCACCACCGCCGACGAGCAGCGAUGUCGGUGAACCAACGACGCGUCCGACGCCUCCCAAGAAAACCCGAGCCAGUCUCCACACCGCUAUCAUACUAAACAGAUCCCCUCUCCUCACACGUACACCGACACCGUUCGAACGCGCGUUCUACGCCUACCAAGCCCGGAUCCAUCGAGCAUUGCACAACCCGUUUCCGUACGACUUUUAUUUCAAACAAGGGUCACCACUCGAGACGCGCUUUAACAUCGAGGAGCGCAGACGAGAACGCAAGGCGUUCGGUGCACCGUUCGGCACGGUGAAGUUGGAGGAGAGGGACGAGGCGACGGAGCUUAUGGAGAUGAGCUUGCGAGACGAAACAGACCAAUCUAUGCCUCGGAUUCAUGAAGCGGACGUCAAGAAUGACCGAAAGAAUCUCAACAGGAAGGGUCAGCGCAACUUGUACGCCGUGCUUCGAACAAAUGAAAAUGACAAGGACGUCUGGCGGUUGCCUACUGGUCCGGUCCAAAAGGGCGAACUCUUGCAUGUCUCCGCUAUUAGGAGACUCGGAGAUGAGUGCGGACGGAACAUGGAUACCUGGCUAGUCAGCCGAAACCCAAUUGGCGUAUACCACCCUCCAAAACUGAAUGUGACCGAACCAGAGGCAAAAGACGUCGUGUUCUUUUACAAAGCCCACAUUCUCGCUGGCCAGCUUCGACCCAAGCAGUCACGGUACCAGGACUUUGCCUGGCUAACCAAAGGUGAAAUACGGCGGAUCACAGACGACGAGUAUUGGAAUGGUAUCAAGGAUAUGCUAUCUGACUUCUAAUAAUGUAUAUAUUCACUACCUUGAGAUGACACUAACCAACUACUGCGUCAACCAUAUUACUCCUUCACACCCAGAUCGUAAUAGCAAGUAGAGGGUUAUUUGGGUGCCGAGACAGUUCGCCGGAGUUCAGGUCGUUUGCGA